ACGUCCGUCUCGGAACUUCUGUCACACGACUUGAUUCCAGUCGGGCGUAUUUUGGACACGCCCCCGGAAGUUCAUUCAGAAAACACAUUGAGUGCAGUAUUAUCGGAUUUGUUAUUAUUAUUUUAUUUUAUUUUUUUGUAUUUUAAAAAUGACACUAAAAAUUUAGAACAAAAUGGCCACAAAACGCAAAAUAGAGAUAAUUGUCCCUGCCGAGGAAAGCGACCAGCUCCUGAUUCGUCCACUACUCACAUCCAUGAAAAAAGGGAAGAGCGAGAAGCUCGGUUCUGUAACACCGUCCAUGACAUUGUCAACAGAGAGGGUCGCUGUUUAAUCCCUGUGUUUGCUUUGGGACGAGCACAGGAACUGCUGCUUAUCUUGGACGAGUACUGGCAGAAUCACCCAGAGCUCCAUGACAUCCCCAUCUAUUAUGCUUCUUCCCUGGCCAAGAAGUGCAUGGCUGUGUACCAGACAUAUGUUAACGCAAUGAACGACAAGAUCCGCAAGGCCAUAAAUAUCAACAACCCUUUUGUCUUCAAGCAUAUCAGCAAUCUGAAGAGCAUGGAUCACUUUGAUGAUAUUGGCCCCAGCGUGGUGAUGGCGUCUCCGGGCAUGAUGCAGAGCGGGCUCUCCAGGGAACUCUUUGAGAGCUGGUGCACCGACAAGAGGAAUGGAGUUAUCAUAGCCGGUUACUGCGUGGAGGGCACACUCGCCAAGCACAUCAUGUCUGAGCCCGAGGAGAUCACCACCAUGUCGGGACAGAAGCUGCAGCUAAAGAUGUCGGUGGACUACAUCUCCUUCUCCGCCCACACUGAUUACCAGCAGACCAGCGAGUUCAUCAGAGCCCUCAAACCGCCACAUGUGAUCCUGGUACAUGGGGAGCAGAAUGAGAUGGCGCGCCUGAAAGCCGCGCUGAUCAGAGAGUACGAGGAUAACGACGAGGUUCACAUCGAAGUCCACAACCCUCGCAACACUGAGGCUGUCACGCUGAACUUCAGAGGAGAGAAGCUGGCUAAGGUGAUGGGCUCACUGGCUGAUAAGAAGUGUGUUCAGGGUCAAAGGGUAUCAGGCAUACUGGUGAAGAAGAAUUUCAACUACCACAUCCUCAAUCCCUCUGACCUUUCCACGUACACAGAGCUGGCCAUGAGUACAGUGAAACAGACCCAGGCCAUCCCCUUCACUGGACCCUACUCACUGCUUGUCUGCCAUCUGAGGAAUCUCACAGGUGAUGUUGAAGAGCUGGACGGAACUGAGAAGAACACUUUGAAGAUCUUUAAAAACAUCACUCUAAUCCAAGAGGCCGGCAUGGUGCUGCUAGAGUGGAUAGCUAACCCUCUAAAUGACAUGUAUGCUGAUGCUGUCACCACCGUGGUACUGGAGGUGCAGUCCAACCCAAAGGCUCAAAAAGUGAUGGAGACCCAGAGCAGCACUAUGGACAUGGAUGUUUUCCAUACUCGGCUAGAAGUCAUGUUGCAGGACAUGUUUGGAGAAGAAUGCGUGAACUUCAGCGAUGGUAAAAUCAUCUCUGUGACUGUGGACGGGAAGACGGUGCACAUUUGCUUGAAAACAAGGUCUGUGUGCUACGAAGAUGAAUGCACAGAGGACGAUUCACUCAGAGAGAUGGUGGAACUGGCGGUGCAGCGGCUCUAUGACGCUCUAAACCCCGUUAUCUGAAGAAAGACACACACCUGCCUGCGGGUCUCCAGACAUUGUUAGUGAUCAGAUAUACACACACAGUUGGGACAUCGUGUUAAUGUAGAUUAAAAGCAAAAUGCUGUGAUUUGCAUUGAAAAACACAUUUUAUCCACAGAGCAUAGAAAACAUCAAAUGUUUAAACUGAGAAAAUGUAUGAUUAGCUCAAGACGAGCUCAUUUUUACUUGGAUGGCAGCAUCACUUCUUAGGAAAGUUGGAACAGUCAUGUUUAUCCACCAGAUUGUCUGUUUUAUGUAUUGUAGAUGAUGAGACAGUCUUCGUAAUUUUACAGAGGAACAUUAUUCUGAAAUUGUUCCACAGUUUACAGAGCUGUUUCCUGUUUCAUUCCAGCUGUUUCCUUUUAACAACCACUUACUUUUCCACCUUUUGUUGCCCCCGUGGCUUUUAUUGUUACAUGUUCCUGCCAUCAAAUUCAAAAUGAGGUAAUAUUUUUCAUGAAAAGGGGGAAAAUGCUUAGUUUCACAGACUGAAGAAACACAGUAACAAGUGAGCAAGCCUGACUUGCGAGAAUAAGCUAUGUGAUGUUAUUUAACAGAUUCUUGUGUUGUUUGUAUUGUAAGCACUUUUAAUUAUAAAAUACAUCAUUAUGUUAACUGCGUUUGAGUGUAGAUUCACUGCAGGUUUCAUUUGACCUGAGUUCAUUACUAAUAUGCACUGAUAUGACUUGUUUACUUUUAAAUGUGAUGAUGUGUGUGAAUUUCUAAAUGCACUACAUGUGCUGUAAGUAUUUGUUGUUUUAAGAAGGCUUCUACUUUAAAAACAGUAUUGUGUUUACUUUUGUCGAUUUUAAAUAUACAGUAUUCAUUGUAAUCGUGUGAUCUUUGGACAUACACAUGCUUGUUUUAUGUAAUUAAUAUUUAUUUUUAUGUUUUAAAAUCUGUUCUCACUAAAAGCACUACAUGCAUUGACAAAAUCAAAUAAAAAGAGGCAACACAAA